AUGGCAAUCAAGAAAGCAACAAGAACCAAGAAACCAACCUACGCCGCCGCCAACGCCAGCGGCUGCGGCUGCUCCAUGCCGGCCAUGGCGGAGAUGCCUCCCCACGGGCCAGGCGGCGCCGCCAACCAAAUCCAGCCUCCGCCGCCGCUCCCUCCGGGCGUCUACUUUAGCCCGACGCGGGACGAGUGCCUGGGGUUCCUCAACCGGAGGAUCGCCGGCGACAGCGAGAUGGCCGACGCGCGGGGGUACAUCUUCGACGCCAACGUGUACGGCGAGAGCCCCGACGCGCUGCGCCGCAGGCACCCGCCGGCGAGCAUCCGCGGCCGGGGCGAGCACGCGUGGUGGUUCCUGAGCGAGACGCGGUUCCAGAGCAAGACCGCGGGCGGGGGCGCCUCGAAGCGCGCCGACCGCCGCGUCGAGACCGGCGGGUACUGGCGGCUGGAGCAGAGCAAGGAGCGGCUGAAGCAGAUCAAGGAGCGACGGCUCAAGCGGAGGAAGCAGAGCGAGGAGGAGGAAGAGGAUGAGGCCGACGGCGUCAAGAACUGCUUCGGCUUCUACGUCGGGCGGGACGACAAGACGCCGUGGCUCAUGCAGGAGUUCACCAGCGCCAACGACGACGGCGCCGGCAAGCUCGGCGUGCCCGCGCUCUACAGGGUUUACGUCACGCCGCGCGCCACCAGGGAGCAGCUGACAGGCGUCUUUGCGAAGGAGGACGACGUCAAGAAGGGGCCCGGCGGGAACAAGAAGCCUGCCCGAGCCAUGAUCCCGCAGGGGUAUUUCGACCGCAUCGCCAGUCUGCUGCCCGUGGGGAGCGUCCGUGCUGUCGUCCAAGAGCACGUACACGCGCCCGCGCCAUUGCCUCCGGCGGCGCCGGUCCAACACAGGCAGUAUCUUGGUCACUACGAGCAGCAGCAAGGGCGGCAGUAUCUUGGUCAGUACGAGCAGCAACAACAGGGGCCGUGCUCAGUGGUCGCCCCGCCGGCAACACCGGGCCUCCUUGGCGAGUUCACGGCGGCGGAGGCGCCGCCGCCGGACAAUAUGAGCAUGUCCAUGGUCGAGUUCAUGGGGAUGUUUAACGAGCAGCCGGCGGGGAUCGUUAACGAGCAACCGGCGGAGACAGUGAAGGAGGGGGAACCGGAUUGGGGAUAUUUGCCUGAUAUAGUUGAUGCUGAUGUGUUCAGAAACUUCAACACCGACGAGGGUUGA